AUGCAAAUCUUUGUCAAGACACUUACUGGAAAGACAAUUACUUUAGAAGUCGAAUCUUCUGACACUAUCGACAAUGUAAAACAAAAGAUUCAAGACAAGGAAGGUAUUCCUCCUGAUCAACAACGUCUCAUCUUUGCUGGUAAACAACUCGAAGAUGGUCGUACCCUAAGCGACUAUAACAUUCAAAAGGAAUCUACUCUUCACUUGGUCCUUCGUCUCCGUGGUGGUAUGCAAAUAUUUGUCAAGACACUUGCUGGAACGGCAGUUUUGUUAGAAGUCAACUCAUCUGAUACCGUUGAUAUUGUGAAAAGCAAAAUUCAAGAAAAGGAAGACAUUCCGCCAAAUCAACAACGUUUAAUCUUUGCUGGCAAACAACUCGAAAAUGGUCAUACUCUGAAUGAAUAUAACAUCCAAAGUGAAUCUAUUAUAGAUCUUCUCCUAAGUCUACGUGGUGAAAAUAAUGAAGAACAAAAAAAGAAAAAGAAAACUAGAUGCGCCUUCGAAUCUUGUUCUGAUAAACCGGUAAAGAUCAUUGGUGAUUGUAGAUAUUGUCAAUCCAAAUUCUGUGCACGUCAUCGUUUACCUGAAGAUCAUCGCUGUGAAAACCUGACAAGUUGUAGACAAGCUGCUCAUGAAAGAAAUAGUAUAAAAUUACUAUCUGAACGUUGUGUUGCAAGCAAAGUGUAA